AUGACUCGCCACAGAGGCCCAAAACAAUGUCCAGCUCCCCAUCUGGAGAGGCCGCCCGCCGCCACGCCCGCCCGCCCGCUAACCAAGAGGACCUGCUUCAACGGCUCGGAAAAUAAACGCAAAUUUUGUGGGCGUCGGGAAAGUUCUCGUCAGUUAAAGGUCCUUCCCGUGACUUGUGAAGGUUACGUGGCUGCGGUGAUGCGUUUAGAGAUGGAAAACCACGGGAUUCCCCCGGCUGAAGGUGAGUGCGUCUUCUGGGUUACCUGCGCUGCGUGGAUACUUAAGGGUUCACAGCUGGCGAAGACGUGCCAGUGUCAACACCGCUUCAACGCUGGAACACAUAGCUCAGGCAAGAGAGUCGCUGAUUUUUGCAAAUUCAUCAUGAAGUUCGUCCUCUGUUUCAUGCUUGUGAUGGUGGUUGUGGUGCAGUCAAGGAAACCGAGACAGAGUCCCCAUUGCCCUCCUGCCGGGGAAAUAUUCUGCCAGUCCUACGAGCACCAAUGCCGCACGGACAAGGAUUGCCGACGAAGGAACGAGGGCGACAUCUGCUGUCUCCGCGGCUGCAAGACUCAGUGCAUGGAGCGACCUGGUCUCAAAACGUGCCCCGACCCAUCCAGCUAUAACAUAAAUUGCAUCACUUAUCGCGACCAAUGCCAAUAUGACAGCGAAUGCAAAAGGGGUCAGAAAUGCUGCCUCGUGGCUGGGUGUGGCCGCAUGUGCGUGCCUUUCUAAUGCCUCGCAGAACACGGCGACAGAUUACCUUCGGAAACAGACUGGCAUCUUCGGAUCAUCACAAUCUGUAACGACCCUGUAUUAACUGCUGUAUUCGAUUUAGAGUAGACUAGAUAAUCACUGUAUUGUAUUUCAGAUAUAUUCAGAUGUAUUUACAAUAUACAUAUAAACUGCAUAACUUUUU